UAUAUUUAUUGCCUGUGUGUGCAUGUCCAUUGUUUUAGACGCAAAAUCAAAACAACUACGUCAUGCUGCAACUCAUCUAUAAUAGACGAGUUUCAUUGUGACGCGUGCUGUUUAUAUAAUCCCCAGACCUCUUACGGAAAGCGAAAGGCAAAAUCAUGCAGCCAGUGAGAUGUGGACCAGUCCAUACCAGACUUUAUUUUCAGCACUAAAAAUGACUGAUGCAGAGGAGAAACCUAAUAAACAAGGCGUUGAUGUACAAGAAGAUGACAUGGAAGACCAAGAAGAAAUGGAAAGUAGUGGUGGUAAUGGCGAAGUACCUAAAACAGAAACAAAACAAUCAGUUUCAGAAUAUCAAAAGGAACAGAAGCAACCAAAAUUAAACAAAAAAGAAAGCUUAAAAGAAUUUCUGGUCAUGAAAGGUGAAAAUGAGGAAGAAAUUACGUUGGAAAAUGAAGGACUUGAUGAUGUGAUUGAUAAAGAUGAGAGCAGUUUAACAGAUGAUGAGAGGAUGCUAUUGUACGAAAAAGCGAUGAGUUUCAAGAAUCGCGGCAACAUUAAACAUGCUUUACUUUGUUUUCUUGGUUGUUUAAAAGGCUUGAAGCCAUCUUCAAAGUCAAGAUUUACCAUGCUGCCUCAGUGUUUGACACAUGUGUCAGAAAUAUACGCUGUAGCAGGGGACUACCAGAAGGCUGUUGAGUUUAUGCAAGGAACUAAACUGUAUUACGAAACAGCUAUUAUCGAAGCUGGAAUACAAGUAGAUCAGUACAAAAAAGAAACUGGUACCAAAUACCAUCCAUUGGAUUUAGAUCCGUGUUUAGAUGAAGCAAGGCGAGCAAAUGAAUAUGAAAGAUUAUCGAAUUCUUGUCUCAAGCAAGGAAAGUUCCAAUUGGCUUUGGAAUAUUGUGGAAAAGCAACCAAGUUGCGGCAACAGGUUUAUGGAGAUAAGCAUCACCUCACUGUUAAAACCCUGGACCUGUUUACCUUGAUAUAUGCCGAGAUGGGUAAAAGUCAAUAUUCCGAAGCUAUGAGUAAAUAUGCUGAUAUUGCAAAAACUUUAAAAGAAUCACAGCAAGAAGAGGAAAUAAAGAAGGAGAAUCAAGAGAGUCUGCAGAAUGACAAAAACUCUAACAAAGAAGUAGAACAAAAAGAAGAAAAUGAAGUAGAAAAACAAGAAGAAGAAAAAGAUACAAGCAUGGCUGAGAAAGUCGAUGAGAAGACAGAAAGAAAAACUGAACCAGCGGAAGACGAGGAAAAAGAUAUCUUGACAACCCAAAGAAACCAUAUCACUUUCUCACAGAAAGAAGAGUCCAGAAAUGCUUCCCUACGACAAAUCACAAGCUGUCAGUUUUUCAUCUUCUUCAUAUUCUCUGCAUUUCUUGCAAUUCUUCUCACCAUGAUUUGGUGUCAUGUAACAGAAUCACAAGCUUGUCCUUCUCAGAAGUACAUCUACACGCAAGCCAGAUAUUGGUAUUACUUCUACUUCAAAACAGCGGCUACGAACGAGAGUUUUUACUGAUGGUAAUUUGUCCGCCCGUUUCCAGGUGCAUUGAAGUUUCUGUUUGGAUUGGAAUAUUCCGUUAUUUGAUGGUAUAGCUAUUUUAUUCUUUUUUUGAAAACAUGACUGUGUUUUAUUUACUCGUUUUUCCAUUAUUUAUCAGACCGAUUUUUUUUUAUCUUUUGCUAUACGAUCUUUCUGCGAUUUUUUAGAUAUUUAUUAACAGAGGAUGAAUAUAUUUAUAUAUGUUUUUCAUACCAUUUAUGCUUGAAUUAUUAUUUUUUCGUGCAAAAUUUUUAUGUUACCUUACUGUUUCGAUGGGAGAAUCGUUGAGCAUUAUUUUAUUCAAUUUCGACAAAGUGGCACUCGUUAAAUAUUAGUAUUUUUGCGCCCACUGUGCAAGCAAUUUUUAGAUACACGCUAAAAUCUUGUGAACUUCAGGUUUGACAGUAGUAUUCUUGGAAUCAAAACUUUUGAAGUAUAAUAGAGUUUAAAGAAUACCUUAUCUGGGAAUUGAAAUGUAGGCGCAACAUUUAAGCGAUUGAGCUUCUUCAUGAAAACUUAUGAGGUAGAAACAACCUAACCUAUGAAAAUAAAUUUGCAUAAAAGCAGAAGAUAUCAUUCGCAAUGUUUUCUUCCGUGUUUUACUCUAUUCCCGCGUUCUUGAGUUGUCUGUAAAUUCAGGAUAAAAUUCCACUUACACUUAAAUUAUAGGAGACAUUCGAGGUUACUCUUUCGCAAUUCUUGAUUCCGUAAUUUCAAUAAAAAUCUGCAAUUUUUUCCCGCAUUUUGCGCAAUUCUUGAGGUCGUAUUCGCUUAUUAACUUAUAUUUUACAGUCAAUUUUUUGCAGACUAUUUCCUCCCUGGAGAUUUGCUUAGGCCUUACCUUUUAACCGAUGCAAAAUAAGUUAUAUGCCAAGCACCGAUAUGCUCGCCGUUAUUGGAUGUGUUACUUGAUGAUUUAGUGUCUUAGUGCCAAAAGGUCUUUUAGAUUUUUAAAUUUAGAUAGCUGGUGUGUAUAUUUUCUAGAUUGUAUGAUUUUUAUUGUUAAAAGAAGAGUUUGUAUAUAAUUUGAAAUAAUAUAUUUAGUAACUUUA